AUGUUGUUUCUACCCGCUGUCGUCGCCUGCCUUCCUGUGGCCCUGGCGGCUAACAUCUAUGUGGCACCUAAAGGCGACGCCGCCCCUGACGGCACUCAGCGCAAGCCUUACGGCAACAUUCAAACUGCCGUCGAUCUCUCUCGUCCUGGCGAUGUCAUCAUCCUUCGUGGCGGAACUUAUGACCUUCUGAAGAACAUCAACAUCACCGUCAACGGCACCGAAACGGCCCCAAUCACCUUGCGUGCGGCUACGGACGAGGAAGUCAUCAUUGAUGGCGAGGCUCUCCCUGAUACCCCCGCCCCUCUUGGCGGCAAGGUCGCUGGCGUGAACCGUGGUGUGCUCCACGUUGAGUACACUAGGUUCUGGCACUUUUCUCGCCUCAUUUUCACUCAUGGUGCCUACGGCGUCUACGUCAAGGACAGCAGCAACUUGAGGUUCAACCAGAUUACUACUCGCGACAACUAUGAGAGUGGUUUCCACAUGCAGGGUAACCUCUCUAACAACGUCAUCGCCUACUUGGAUUCCCACGGCAACCGUGACCCCAGAAACAGCGGCGAGAACGCCGAUGGUCUUGGUAUCAAGGAAGGCCGGGGUGAAGGCAACAUCAUUAUUGGUGGCAGAUUCUGGGACAACUCGGAUGACGGUGUCGACUUCUGGGAGUUCCACUCCAAGUUGGUCAUCAAGGACAGCAUCGCCUGGGGCAACGGCUACAACCGCUGGGGCAUCCCUGACUUCACUGGAAAUGGCAACGGUUUCAAGCUCGGCGGUGGCAGCAAGGGUGACAUCAAGCCUGCUGGCCGUGACAUCAUUAACUGCAUCUCCUUCGGCAACAAGAAGCACGGUUUCACCGAUAACUCCCAGACUGGCGACUUCCUCUUUGAGGAGAACACCGCGGUCUGGAACGGCGGUGUUGGUUUCCGCAGCGUCAACGCCACCGGUGUCCUCGAGCGCAACCUCGCUACUCUCAACGGUCCCGCCGGAAACACUACCGCCGAGGGACAGAGGACUCUUAGCGCCCCGCAGAAAUCUCGUGGAAACUCUUGGGACAACGACCUCCCCCUGUUUACCAACCAGAGCUUCAAGAGCAUUGAUACCAACCUUGUUACUGGACCUCGCGGCAAGAACGGUAAGAUCGCGGCCAGCGAUUUCUUGUUGCCUGUUGACGGAGCCAAGUUCGGUGCUACCACUGCCUGGAAAUAA